AUGGGGUUACCCAGAAGGCCGGAAGGCCAAGGUUUCCCUGAGGUGGAAACACGAGAAGAUGAAGAGCAGAAUAUCAAGUUAACUGAAAUUCUGGAGCUCUUAGUUGCAGCUGGGUAUUUCAGGGCAAGAAUUAAAGGUCUGUCACCUUUUGACAAGGUAGUAGGAGGAAUGACUUGGUGCAUCACCACUUGCAACUUCGAUGUAGAUGUUGAUUUGCUCUUUCAGGAAAACUCUACAAUAGGUCAAAAAAUAGCUCUCUCAGAAAAAAUUGUCUCAGUCCUGCCAAGGAUGAAAUGUCCACACCAACUGGAGCCACAUCAGAUCCAGGGCAUGGAUUUUAUUCACAUAUUUCCUGUGGUUCAGUGGCUGGUGAAGCGAGCCAUAGAAACUAAAGAAGAGAUGGGCGACUAUAUCCGUUCUUACUCCAUAUCUCAGUUCCAGAAAACCCAUAGUCUCCCAGAGGAUGAUGACUUCAUAAAGAGAAAAGAAAAGGCCAUCAAGACAGUUAUUGACAUUUCCAAUGUAUACAGACCCUGUCGAAAAUACAGACGUCAGCAGAGAGCAGAGGAAGUGCUCGACGAAGAUACUCGAGUCCAUGCUACACUUCUGGAAUAUGGCAGGAGAUACGGAGUGAGCCGUGAGAGCAAAAUAGUGAAGCCUGAGGACAAGAAAAUGCUACCUUCUGCAGAACUCUCAGCAGCAGAAAAAACUGAAGCACAUGAAGAUGAGCUCCAAGCUGCUGAAGAGCAACGUGUUCAGUCACUGAUGAUCAGGAUGACUGCCAUGGCAACUGAGGAGAGCCAACUCACUGCAAGCUCUGUGGGUCAGAUCGUGGGCCUGUGCUCUGCUGAGAUCAAGCAGAUUGUUUCUGAGUAUGCUGAGAAGGAGCGAAGAGAAGCCAAAGCAGAUUUCAGUAUUCUGCAGAGCUUGCGAGCGCUUGUAGCCAUGAAUGAACAUCUAAAAAGUCAGGAACAGGAGUUUAAAGCACAUUGUCGAGAGGAGAUGACACGACUACAGCAGGAAAUUGGAAACCUGAAAGCUGAAGAAGCACCAGCUGGAGUUGAAAAGACCCUUGCCAAUGGGGAAUCGCACAGUGACCUGACCUCUUUGAUGACUUAUAAUGAAGACCUAGACAGACGAUAUAAUAUGGAGAAAGAGAAACUUUACAAAAUCCGUUUACUACAGGCUCGAAGAAAUCGAGAAAUAGCCAUUUUGCUCCGCAAAAUUGAUGAGGUGCCCAGCCGAGCAGAGCUAAUACAGUAUCAGAAGAGAUUUCUUGAACUCUACCACCAAAUUUCAGCAGUCCACAAAGAAACCAAGCAGUUCUUCACUUUAUAUAAUACCCUGGAUGAUAAAAAGGUUUAUUUAGAAAAAGAGAUAAGCCUGCUGAACUCAAUUCAUGAAAACUUCUCACAAGCCAUGACUUCCCCUGCUUCCCGGGACCAGUUUUUACGUCAGAUGGAACAGAUUGUAGAAGGAAUUAAGCAAAGUAGAAUGAAGAUGGAAAAGAAGAAACAAGAGAACAAAAUGAGAAGAGACCAGUUGAAUGACCAGUACUUGGAAUUGUUAGAGAAACAAAGACUAUACUUUAAGACUGUGAAAGAAUUCAAGGAGGAAGCACUGAGAGACGUCCUUCUUACAGAGGUGGCACAAAAGACGGGAUGGACCAAAUGGCUCCUGAGCAUCUGCACCUGCUGCCACAUCUGCAUCUACUAA